AUGCCAGCAGAAGGUGUUGAUUUGACCCCUUCACACGAACUUUUAUCCACCAAGGAGAUUGUACAUUUAGCACGUUUAUUUGUUUCUCAAGGAGUUAAUAAAAUUAGGUUGACCGGCGGGGAACCAACCCGUGUAAUGGAGUCAAUUGACCAAGCUAUUGCACUUGGACUUCGUCCACUUAAAAUUAAUUGUGUGGUUGUACGAGGGGUAAAUGAUCAGGAAGUAAUUGAUUUUAUUGAGAUGACUCCGAGUGGAAAAAUACGUAUUGGUCGCGAAGCAUUUGAUUUGAUACAAGCAAAUCUUAUGAAAAAAGGCGACGUAUUUACAGUUUCACAGAUAGCAGGAAUUAAUGCCGCAAAACAAACAGGAUAUCUAAUCCCUUUAUGUCAUAGCUUAUUGCUUUCACAUGUAUCAGUUGAUUUGAAGUUAGAACAAGAUCAUUCAAUUGAAAUUAUAGCAAAAGUAGAAUGUGAGGGUAGGACUGGAGUAGAAAUGGAAGCAUUAACUGCAGUUAGUAUUGCAGCAUUAACAGUGUUUGAUAUGUGUAAAUCUGUAAGUAAAGAUAUGGUAAUUGAGAAUAUAAAACUUUUAGAAAAAACGGGAGGAAAAAGUGGAACUUGGAAAUCCAAAGAAAUAAAAUAA